AUGAUGAGUGAAGAGUAUAAUUCUGCUCUGCAACAGAUCGCAUUACAUUUGCUCGGCGAUGAUUGCAUUCACGGAGAUCAUUUGCCUGCCAAUACGGAACAGGGAUCGAAGUGCGGCAAUAGACGGACAAUUAGUUCGUCGCUUAAGAUUUCUGUUCCGUGUGAACCGCAUUACAGAGGAGUGCGUCGCAGACCCUGGGGGAAAUUCGCGGCGGAAAUCAGGGACUCCGCCAGGCAUGGGGCCCGCAUUUGGCUUGGAACUUUCGUCACUGCAGAGGCCGCCGCUGUUGCAUAUGACCGUGCCGCUUUUAAAAUGAGAGGGGCCAAGGCUAUGCUCAACUUUCCCCUCAACGCCUCCGCUUACGCUGAGUGGGUCUCGGAGUGUGGUCACAUGGAGUCCAAGAAGAGGCGCAGAAAGAGUAGUAGCAGUGAGUUGGAGGCUCAGCAGUCAUCAGCACGCUCAAAGAUUAAAAUUGAUGUAAGCGAUGAAAAAGACGAUGUUUUUGGGAGAUUAGUAAAUUUGGAGCCCCUUUCUCCACUCCCCAUCUUUCUUUUCCCUGUAUCAAGUGCAGGUGGGAAGCGUCUAUUCUGGCUUCAAAAUGACAGUACGGAUUGA